CGCAGGGGAACGCCUUCUUCCAUCUUUGUAAACAGUGUGCGCGCAUGCGCAGUCGCGCUGCACUCUAAUGGAGGACAUGUCUGAACAGUAAGCGUCUUUUUCUGCGCUGUUUUUCUGAGUUUGCGCCCUCAACAUCCCUCAGCUGAGCCCGCGACACCCUCCAAGUGACAGAAUGGCUUCGGACUCUGUCUCUCAAAGCUCCCAGAGUCCUGCCAUCAGGAUCAUGACCUUUCAUCCCACAAAAGAGGAGUUCAAAGACUUCAACAGAUACAUUGCAUAUAUGGAGUCGCAGGGGGCUCACAGAGCCGGGAUGGCAAAGGUGGUGCCACCAAAGGAUUGGAAGCCUCGGCGCACAUAUGAUGACAUUGAUGAUCUGGUGAUUCCCGCCCCUAUUCAACAGGUGGUCACUGGCCAAUCAGGUCUCUUCACUCAGUACAACAUCCAGAAGAAGCCAAUGACAGUCCGCGAGUUCCGCAAAACAGCCAACACAGACAAGUUCUGUAAUCCCAGAUAUGCUGAUUUUGAUGAACUGGAGAGAAAAUUCUGGAAGAAUUUAACAUUCAAUCCACCAUUAUAUGGAGCAGAUGUCAGUGGAACCCUCUAUGAUCCAGACGUGACGGAGUGGAAUAUUGGUCAUCUCAACACUAUUUUGGACACCGUGGAGAGAGAGAGUGGAAUCACAAUCAAAGGAGUAAACACUCCAUAUCUUUAUUUCGGGAUGUGGAAGAGUACAUUCGCUUGGCACACAGAGGACAUGGAUCUCUACAGCAUUAACUACCUUCACUUUGGAGAACCCAAAUCCUGGUACGUUGUGCCUCCAGAGCAUGGGAAAAGAUUGGAGCGUCUUGCUAAAGGAUUUUUUCCUGGAAGCGCCCAAAGUUGUGAAGCCUUCUUGCGACACAAAAUGACUUUAAUUUCACCGUCAAUUCUGAGGAAGUAUGGAAUACCCUUUGAGAAGGUCACACAGGAAGCAGGUCAGUUCAUUGUGACCUUCCCAUAUGGAUAUCACACUGGGUUUAACCAUGGCUUCAACUGUGCAGAAUCCACCAACUUCGCCACCCAGCGCUGGAUAGAUUAUGGCAAACUGGCAACAUUAUGUUCCUGCCGGAAGGACAUGGUGAAGAUAUCCAUGGAUGUGUUUGUUCGCAAGUUCCAACCAGAACGUUAUAAACUUUGGAAAGCAGGAAAGGACAAUGCGCCCAUUGACCACUCAAAGCCCACACCAGAGGUGUCAGAGCUCCUGACAGACGGAAAGACGGAGAACGAGAAGGGAGAGCUCAGCGAUAGCAACAAAGCAGAUAUGCAGGAGGAGAGAGGAGAAGCAGAGACUGGAGAGGAGAAGAAAGCUAACAUGGAUGGUGGAGAGGAAGACAGCGCAGAAACAUUGUCUGGAAAGGAGGUGAAAAGAGAAACAGAUGGUGGAAAGGAGAAAACAGAAGCAGAGAAAGGAGAGCUGGAGGUAGAGGAGAAAAAGCCUGUUGGUGAUGAAGAACCGAGCAGCACAUCAGAGCAAAUCAACAGCAGCAGUCCAAAGCAGAACGUGGGGCAGAAGCGGCUCAGACCCAGCACUGUCAACAAAGCAAAAGAAGAUGACAAUCAAGUGAAAGUAGAAGAGGAGGAAGUUGAGAAAAAGAAAGCCAAACUCAGCCAGACUGAGACAGGUGACGAGAAAGAGCAAUCCAUCUCCGCUGACCCAGGUGAUGUUAAAGCUGAGGAGACCAUGGAGACAGACACGCCUCCUCCACAGCAGCAAGAGAAUCAAGCCCCUCCUUACAUGGAGGCGGAGCUCUCACCAUCAAACCCCACCUCCAGCAGUGACAUCACAACGCAGCAAAGAGAUGACAUCACUCUCUCUGAACCCAGCGAUGUCACCUCAUCCUCACAAUCCACAAACAGCAUCGGUGAUGAUGUGGCUCCGAGCAGUGAUGCCUCUCAGUCUGGACAUGUCACUCAAAGCUGUGAUGUCCAAAGCAAGCCCGAUGACAUCACUCCAAACAGUGAGCUGACAACUGAGCUCACUGAUGCUCAGCCAAGUGACGUCACACCCCAUUCCUGUUCCAAUGACAUCUCUCCCGCUGAUGUCACGCCCCUCGUAUCUGUAACCAGCAGUAUCUCCUCUCAGCACAGCAUUAACUCCGCCCCCGCCUGUGAUGUCACCACAGAACCCAGCAACAGCACAAUAAGCACCAUCAGCCAUAGUCCGUGUGAGCCUGGCAUUAACUCCGCCCCCACCUGUGAUGUCCAAUCAGAACCCAGCAACAGCACUAUAAACACCAUCAGCCCUAUUCCUUUUGAGUCUGGAAUUAACUCCACCCCCACCCGUGAUGUCCAAUCAGAACCCAGCAACAGCACUAUAAACACCAUCAGCCCUAUUCCAUGUGGGUCUGGCAUUAACUUCACCCCCACCUGUGAUGUCCAAUCAGAACCCAGCAACAGCAUUAUAAACACCAUCAGCCCUAUUCCAUGUGAGUCUGGCAUUAACUCUGACCCCACCUGUGAUGUCCAAUCAGAACCCAGCAACAGCAUUAUAAACACCAUCAGCCCUAUUCCAUGUGAGUCUGGCAUUAACUCUGACCCCACCUGUGAUGUCCAAUCAGAACCUAGCAACAGCAUUAUAAACACCAUCAGCCCUAUUCCUUUUGAGUCUGGAAUUAACUCCACCCCCACCCGUGAUGUCCAAUCAGAACCCAGCAACAGCACUAUAAACACCAUCCGCCCUAUUCCAUGUGGGUCUGGCAUUAACUUCACCCCCACCUGUGAUGUCCAAUCAGAACCCAGCAACAGCAUUAUAAACACCAUCAGCCCUAUUCCAUGUGAGUCUGGCAUUAACUCUGCCCCCACCUGUGAUGUCCAAUCAGAACCCAGCAACAGCACAAUAAACACCAUCAGCCCUAUUCCAUGUGAGUCUGGCAUUAACUCCGCCCCCACCUGUGAUGUCCAAUCAGAAAUCAGCAGCAGCUUUAUAAACACCAUCAGCCCUAGUCCAUGUGAGCCUGGCAUUAACUCCACCCCCACCAGUGAUGUCCAAUCAGAACCCAGCAACAGCACAAUAAACACCAUCAGCCCUAUUCCAUGUGAGUCUGGCAUUAACUCCGCCCCCACCUGUGAUGUCCAAUCAGAAAUCAGCAGCAGCUUUAUAAACACCAUCAGCCCUAGUCCAUGUGAGCCUGGCAUUAACUCUGCCCCCACCUGUGAUGUCCAAUCAGAACCCAGCAACAGCCCUCAACACGAGCCCUGCAUUAACUCCGCCCUCACAUAUGAUGUUAUCACAGAAUCCAGCAGCAGCACCAUCAAUCCUAAGCUUGCAGAAUCGUGGUGUAGCUCUGCGUCAGUGGGCAGUAGUCCAGUGUGUCUGCCCGCAGUCCAGCACAUCUUCCAGAGAACGCUGAGCCCAGCAGAGGUGCUACACGUCCACAGCUAUGCUAAGGGAGAUUACAGCGAUCCCGAGCCACGCAGUCGGCAUGAGAGAUACAGAGACAGCGACUCUGAUAGUGAUUCGCAAGAGGACAGUAAGAAAGAAGAUGAACGUCCAGUGGAAGCUCAGCACAGACUUCCCAGACUCCCAAGGCACCAUCCUCUGAUGAAGGACAGCAUCAGUGAUGAAGAGCUGCAGGAUCAGGCUGCAUCAGAGGAGGACGGACUGGACGGGGAGGCCUGGGCACGACCUUUGACCCAGCUGUGGCAGAACAGACCCUAUAAUCCAGAAAGAGAGAGAGAGUACAACAGAGAGAUGGGUCUGCUGCCUCCGUACUGCGCUGUGUGCAUGCUCUUCCAGGCACAUCAACGGUCUGAAGGGGGCGAGAGUGAGCCGGCCGUGGUGCUGCCUGGGGGUCAGAAAAGGACCAAGCCUCUGAUUCCAGAAAGAUGUUUCACCACCACCACAGAGGACAGCGCAGAUAUCCAGCCGUCCACACCCCACCUGGAGGAGGACGGUACCAGCCUGCUCAUCAGCUGCUCCCUGUGCAGUGUCCGUGUGCACACCAGUUGUUAUGGUGUGGCCCCUCUGAGAAUUUCCAAAGACUGGAAAUGUGCCCGCUGUAAAGCCAGCGCCUUCGCUGAGAGUUGCUGUCUAUGUUCGUUGAGAGGAGGAGCAUUACACAGAGCCAAUAAUGGCAAAUGGGUUCACGUCCUGUGUGCGGUGGCAGUGCUAGAAGCUCGCUUUGUGAACAUCACUGAACGAUCGCCCGUGGAUCUCAGCGGCAUUCCCUUACAGAGAUUCAAACUGAAAUGCUACUACUGCAAACGGCGGAUGAAGAAAACGUCAGGCUGUUGUGUGCAGUGUUCUCACGGUCGCUGCCCCACCUCAUACCAUCCCACCUGCGCACAGGCUGCGGGCGUCAUCAUGCACCCAGACAACUGGCCCUUUGUCGUCUACGUCACCUGUUGCCGCCACAAAGGGCCUGUACAAUCAGAGCGUAAUAAAGCAGCCAUGCGAGAGCUCAGCGUGGGUCAGAAGGUCAUCUGCAAGCACAAAAACGGACGCUACUACCAGUGUGAAGUCAUACAGCUGACAAAAGAGACAUUUUAUGAGGUCAACUUUGACGAUGGCUCCUUCAGUGAUAACCUUUUCCCAGAGGACAUUGUGAACCGAGACUGUGCUCAGCUGGGUCCGCCACCACAGGGUGAAGUGGUUCAGGUCCGAUGGACGGAUGGUCUUGUCUAUGGAGCCAAAUUCGUGGCAGCUCAUGUCAUUCAGAUGUACCAGGUGGAGUUUGAGGACGGAUCGCAGCUGACAACUAAAAGAGAUGACGUCUACACCCUAGAUGAAGAGCUGCCCAAGAGGGUCAAAUCUCGUCUGUCUAAGGCCUCAGACAUGCGUUUUGACGGGAUGUUUGGAGAGAAGAAGGUUCAGGAGAGCAAAAGACAGCGAGUGAUCAACUCCAGGUACAGAGGUGACUACAUCGAACCCGUCAUCUACCGAGCCAUCAUGGAGUAGCCAUCGACGACACGGCCUUCACCUAAAACCACCAGCACUCUUCCAGCGGACUCUAGCACACCCUGCCAAUAUCAGCCGUGUUCAGUUUGCAGGUGUCGGACACCUGGAUGGGUUUAACCACUCACCCAUCUAUUCUGAUAUCAUCUGGAGUCGAGGCAGGGCGUUUCACAGUGUCUUUCUCAGAAUGCAGCUUUGUCAUUGGGUGUGGUGAUGUCCUUUUAACCUCAGCGCUGUGAAACUGUGCCACACACACUCUAAAAAUAAAAACACUUCAGCAUGAACAUCCUGUUCAUGAAGUCGCUCUAAAUCACAUUCAAUUUCAUAAAAAAUAUCUAAUUUUAUCAAAUUGCAUUAAUUUAUUUGACUCAAUUCAGGGUGCUGUUUCUACCCGUAUUUUACCUAACGGAGGUGCCAUUGCAUUUUAUGAACGCGGAUCUCCUUUUUUUAAGAUCUACACUGUCAUAAAUUGUGCAGUUGAGAUCCUGAAUAUUGUACAUUAUUUGGAACAUAAUGAAUUCAGCGUGUCUUUGAGGGUCAUUUUGUACAAGCCUAUUUAUUACCUGGUGCUUUACGAAAGUAACUUGCAAUAUACGUGUGAGUUUCAGUGCUGUCGAAGUUCAAUGCCAAUGGGUGUGUUCUGUUUUUGGAAGGAGGAUUGUGAAAAAUAGAUAGCGAAAUGCCAAGGAUCUCACUUUCUCAACUGUUCAGAGCCCUGCCUUGCACUCUGGUUCAAUACACUUUCAUUUAGACGUUUCUUUUAAUGUAGCUUACUGCUGUCAACAUUUUAUCAAAAGCCCCACGGUUUUAAUAAGCUAUUUUUGCACUUCUCAGCUGUACUUUUAUGAAUUGUCAUUUUUGUCCUUGCAGUAGCCAAGCUCUAGAGACAGAAAUGCACUUAUGAAAGCUGAGAAGGCCCUUGUUUGAGCCGACAGCAUUAGGAGAAAGUAAGGUUGUUGCAGUUCUUAAGUUGUUCGAUAGAUAGGGCUAAUCUUCACUAUAAAAAAAAGAAAAUUAUAAGAUUUUUUUCUAUCAAGAAGCCUAUUUUAUUGCUAUGUUUUAUGAUACAUGUUUAAUGUUCAUGUGAGAUAGAGUUGUAUGUAGUUAAUUUAAAAAAAUCUUGAGCUUUCGCUACGUUUCUUCUGCCUCUUGUUUUGCUUUCAAACAUGAGCCUCGUUCUCACUGCACUUCUGAAUGCAGAGGCUCUAGGACUUCCAUACAUGUAUUUUGUAAAAAUCAUUAAUGUGCAUCAGUAAAAGAUGUGAGCUGA